UACAACUGUCUGGUUCUUGACAGGCAGGCUUGUUUACUUGCAUCUACAUACCUAGGCAGGGCCGCGCCCUUCGCACACCAUCCGGCGUGCACAUGAUGUGGCGAUGCCUCGGCUUGACCGGGCACCAACCGUGAUUGAUUACCCGGACAGUGAACUCUCAGCAGCGGGCAGUGGACCGGAUGCGCCCGACACUUGCACUCGUCGCAAAGUCCAAGAUGGCCACCCAACUCACCCACCUGCCCGAGGUGCAACGGCUCAGCCCGGCCUGCAUCCGCAUCCUCGGCGGCAACCCCGGCAAGUUCACCCUGCAGGGCACAAACACGUACCUCGUCGGCACCGGGUCCCAGCGCCUGCUCAUCGACACGGGCGAGGGUAAGCCCUCCUGGGUUGCGGCCCUCAGGAGGACCCUGGCCGAGGAGAACGCCGUCGUCUCCCACGCCCUGAUAUCACACUGGCACGGUGACCACCAGGGCGGUAUCAAGGACCUUCUGGCGCUGUCGCCCGACACCAAGGUGCUCAAGAACCAGCCCGAGGACGGCCAGCUGGACAUUGCCGACGGCCAGAGGUUCAGCGUCGACGGGGCGACCCUCACCGCCGUGCACACCCCAGGCCACACCGUGGACCACAUGGUGUUCGUCUUCGACGAGGAGGACGCCCUGUUCACCGCCGACAACGUGCUGGGCCAGGGCACCGCCGUCUUUGAGGACCUGCCCACCUAUCUGGCCAGCCUGGACAGGAUGAAGGAUCUGUUCAGGGGCAGGGCGUACCCGGGCCACGGCCCAGUCAUCGACGACGGGCCGGCCAAGAUAAAGGAAUACGUCUCCCACCGACAGCAGCGCGAGGACCAGAUCACCCAGACCCUGCGGUCGGUCAACAGCGCCACCGGGACCGCCCUGUGGGAGCCCAUGGAGCUGGUCAAGGUCAUCUACCACGACGUGCCCGAGACGCUGCACCUCCCUGCCCAGGGCGGCGUCAUGCAGGUGCUGCAGAAGCUGGAGGGGGAAGGCAAGGUGUCAAGGGAGGGCGGUAGGUGGGCCCUCGGUGACAGGUCAGCCCUCUAGCUAGCCCCUGGACGUCGCAUGCUGCAGGCGGUUCAUUCACAUAGUGGUCAGCGCCCAAACACCCGGGGUUGAACAACGUACAUUGCCGAUACAUCAGGAAUCUUAGACCUUGGAAUCUUCUUCGGUCAAAUUGCGGUCCACAUACUUGUGGUUUUACUUUUGUUGGGCAAUCUACCCACUUCCAUGCUUCAAUUGAUGACUCUUGUCGAAGACAGGCUUUACUGAUUUCGCUUCCGUAUACGUCCGAAGCCAUAUAUGCCACCUUUACACAGGUUCAAGCACUGGAAGACCCAGCAUUUUAAAAGUAUACAAUGUUUACAAGAGUGAUACAAGCACGAUAUAGAUAUGAUUAAGAAGCAAAACAAUGCGGAAUUUCGAACAGGCCUCUAUAAAGUAACUAUAAGUAUAUAUAGAGAUGUUAAAGACUUUCUAUGUGGGCCUGGCCUGCUGGGGAAGAGUCUGACGGCUGAGCAGAUAGCAGACAGAGAAGAC